AUGAAAGUUGACUGCAUCAACGUCAGAGUGGGAAAUGAAUGCCGAGGUGCGAAUAUCUUCUUUUUAUUUGAACUUUCCCACCCUCUGCAUACAUACACCUGCUCGGUGCCACCUGUAAUACAAAUAUGAAGGACUUACCACUAUAUGUAGACUUGGUUCUAAAUUCACAAAGCCAUUUCUCACAGUGCUAAACCAGGCAUAGGCAAACUCGGCCCUCCAGAUGUUUUGGGACUACAACUCCCAUCAUCCCUAUCUAACAGGACCAGUGGUCAGGGGUGAUGGGAAUUGUAGUCUCAAAAUAUCUGGAGGGCCGAGUUUGCCUAUGCCUGUGCUGAACUAUGACCAGUGAUGGUAUCAAUGUGGCACUAUGCACAUUUCCAGUGCACCCAUACAUGCAGUGAAUUACAACCUUAUUCUACUUGGUUUAACAUAAAUGCUGAGGAUCCCCAUCGCCUUUUCUCAGGACAUAACUGGCAUAUUCUUGUUUUGUCCUUUUCAGGGGAGAAGGGAGCUUAUUUGCAAAGCUACCUAUUUUAUUUUAUUCUAGUUAUUUGCAAAAAAGAAUUAUGUUACAAAAUACAGUGGCACCUCGGGUUACAGACACUUCAGGUUACAGACUCUGCUAACCCAGAAAUAUCCGUGUGCUGCUCUGGUUCGCCAGAAGUGGCUUAGUCAUGCUGGCCACAUGACCCGGAAGCUGUACGCCGGCUCCCUCAGCCAAUAAAGCGAGUUGAGCACCGCAACCCCAGAGUCGGUCACGACUGGACCUAAUGGUCAGGGGUCCCUUUACCUUUAUGGGCAACUGAAAGACCUGGGAACUUGCAGCACAGCCUUGCACCUCUAGGUGUUCCUUUUUGCAGCAAAGGCUUUGUGACAUACCUUAAAUCAAGUGGAGCUUGGGUGUGUCUCCUCCAUUUGUCAAGCUUAGGAUUCUGCUUUAGUUUCUGAAUCAGGCUUCCCAUUGUAUGUGCCUACUCAAGCCUCUUUGGAGGAUCUGAGUUUAAAAGUGAAUUAAGCAUUUAGCUUGGUGCCACGUGGAGCUGAAGUACCAUUCUUUUACUUUGCCUUUCUCUUGGGCAGGUUUCCAGCCUCCGGAGGGGAAGCCUAGGGAUUGCUUGCUGCAGAUCAUUUGCCGUGAUGGGAAAGUGCUCAACCUCUGUGCAGAAAGUGCUGACGACUGCUUGUGAGUUUCUUCUGCUUACUUGAAAAUAAAAGACCUUCCCUUCUGAAAGAGUGACAUGUAUGCAUAAUGGACGGCCAUGUGCCAUAUGUUCUUGAAUGAGUUGCUUUGCAAAACAGUUGCAACUCUCCCAACUGCAAGAAGCAGACCCACGUCUUAGCUCACUUCCCAAAGCGGAUGUUUGAGCUAAUUAUCAUGGUCAGAUAACUAACUUUCCCCAUCCCUUUUGAAACUGGGGGAGUGUAAUGACAGCUUCACACCAGGACUUUAGCUGAGCAUCUUUGCUUUUUCCUUUCCAUAUUAUCACCUAUUAACAGAUGGUUCAAUUUCCCUCCACUUAUUAAUAGCCUUUCAAGGAUUUAUGUCUUUGGGGAUAUUUUAUUCUUGCAUACCGAUAAAGGGAAUUGUUGUUGCUGGUCAGAUUAUUUUCUAGGCUAGUGACUCGUCAGAUUGAGCAUCAGGCUACACAUGGUCUGCAUUCGCAUGUAACAGCAAACCCUGAUUUGUUUUGCUGCAUUUGCAUGUAGUGCUAAGCCAAACCAUGACAUUAAGCCAAACUUGUGGGCGCUGGAGGAGAAUGCAGGCAGUUUGCUCCUUCCUGGUCCUUCAGCUUAGCAUGUUGCCUGAACCCAGGCUUGUGGUUGAAGCUCUCUCCUCCUUAACCACAGCUUGUAGCCAAGGUUUUUUUUCUGGCUACGUCUUGUGGCUAGAUUGGAGAGAUUUAACCCUUUGCUCCCUGGCUUUAAUUGUACCCCAAUCUUGCUGUUAGUCCUUGAGGGGAAGACAUGGAUUCAGGACAUUGAACUCAGCUGUUUUUCACUUCAGUAGCCAGUUUGGAUUGAGAGAGGGAGGAGACACUUUGACCUAAAUCCAAAAGCAUUAGUUAGACUCUAUCCCCCUGCAAUUGCAUUCUCAACCAUAGCUACUUUUUUUUGUGUAAUAAAAAUGCACCAGGUCUUCUAAUCAUGCUCCUCCCAUGUAGUUUCACCACGAAUAGUUGCUAUAAUUUUUUUCUAAAUUUUUUUCUUUUCUUUUCAAUGCAAUGCAAAAUUAUAACAAAAAUUACAAACAUUGAAUCCAAAAUAAAACCAUACAAACAAGAAAGAAAAACAGAACACAAAAAAGCACACAUCUACAAAUAAAACCCUAUCAUCAUUCUAAUCUAGUCAUUACAUACAUAUACACAUAUUGACUUCCUUCCUUUGUUCUAAGACCUCAAAAUUUUUACUCUUACUAAAUUAUUGUGUCUAAUGUAGAUUACUUCCAUCUUUGUACUUUUUUACACCAUUUUUCUUUUUCUUUAACCCUGUAACGCAUCAUUCAUUACAUACCGAUAUACUUACUCCAGAACAAUGUUUUUUCAUAUACUCUUUAGCACAACCCCAUUCUUUUAAUAAUUUCUGGUCCGAUUGUCCCCUUAUGAAUGCUUGAGUCUUGCCAGGUUUAUAUAUUCACAAAAGUUGCUACAAUUUUUUUCUAAACUUGUUAACAUGGAGGUACAAUUUAUAUUAGUGAUUCUUCCACCAUUAUCCUUUUAUUUUUUUACACUGUUUGCUUCAUAUUUUAUACAGAGCUUGGAAAAUUGCUCUCCAGGAUGCCAGAACAAAUGGGGUAAGUUGGGUUUUCUGUGUGUGUGUGUGUGUGUGUGUGUGUGUGUGUGUGUUUGCAAUAGUAGCAUUGAGAGAAAUAACCUUUCAUUUAGAUUUCUUUUUUGAGUACCUUUUUUGUGUGGCUAGUACCUUGGCCCACACUUCUCUUGUUCUGAUGGAAGGAGUAAGCGUAAGAAGUGCAUAGGAAGCUUAGGAAGAACCUUGCUGCAUCAAACCAAAGCCUCCUUGUAGUUCAGCAUCCUGUUCUCACAGUGGUCAUCUGGCCUUAUUCCUAUCAUCAUCACAGGCCCAACUUGUAUGAUCCAUUUCUUGAUCAUGUUAGCCAGUGAAGGAAUCUUUAGGAAGAUAGUUAUUUCAGAAAUGAACAAAAGUCAAAUAUUACGCACAACAUGAUGUGUAACUCUUCAAAGGUGCCCUUUGCCACUCGCCUAGCAUGCCUGGAGCAAGUAGCUUUCCCAGGGGAGCAGACAAGCUGCAGCAUCUGAUUCUGCUUAAUAGACAGGCACACACCCUUGUCAUCAUGCUCUUUCCUGGAAUCAGAAAAGAAUCCAGUAGGGCUGAUGGAAAUUGCUAUGCAUUUCUGGCCCUGUAGUCCAUCCAAGAAGUGUUGUCCUUUGGUGCUUUCUCAUCUCUGCUGCAGACCUAUCCCAGCUCCCUCCCUUGAUCCUUAAAAAGGUAGGAGAGCAAGUCAAGCCAACUCAACAGGGCUCUUUGAACAGAAACACAAUGUGACUGUUGGUGAUCAUCCGCAAAGCCAUCUGUGUCAGGGUUGCUGCUGUCUUCUGCGGAACAUAAAAGUGGCAUCAUGGUUCUUCUGCCACAUAUGCACAGGGUGAACAAAAAUACUAAUCCUUUCGUGUGCUAGGAGCAAAGCCAUCUGCUGGAGAGCAGGGAAAGAGAACACAGAGAAAUUUUAGGAACUUGGUAAUUUUGGUAUGUUCUCCCUCUACCUCCGACGGUGGCAUCUUCUUUCCACUUGGCCUUGUGUCUGAUGUUCUUCCCACUUCUCACCUACCUGACAUGGAACAGAGUAGGAAGGCUGCACUUUUCCAUUUUGCCCUGCAUCGUGCAUUAAAUUCCUCAGUUUAAGUAUUGUUGAUCAGUAAUGCUAUUUUGUACAGUAAGUCAACAACUCAGUAUUUCCCAAAGGUGCUAACCUCGUUUCAGUUUCCUAUUGAGUGCUCCAUUUAUCCAAUCCUGCUCCCAUCUUCAGUGAUUACAAUUGAAGAAUUUGAACAGCUGCUUCUGUGUUUUAUGUUAACAUGUCCAGGCCUAUAUUGGUUCGGAAGUGAUGUAUGACGACAAUACAAUUUCCUCGUCUCCUCCUCCGUACACGGCUUAUGCAACACCAUCACCUGAGGUAAGCUAUGGAAAACAUGAUAUAAGGAAAGUUUGGUUAGUGCAAGUUGCUUAAAACUGGGCAUUUUGUGAGGUGACCUAUGCAGAAAGUUUAGCUGGCAGGUUUCACCUGUCCUGAAGAAGCAGGUGGUACAUCAUACCUGAGCUGGUGAUGUCAGGCAGCACCCGUUUCCUUGAGUUGUUCAGCAGAUGAAGUCUGUUCCCUGUGUCUAGUUGUAAAAGAGGUCUUAAACCCUUGCUCAUCUUCCAUCACAGCAUGGUGUAUUGUAUAGGUGUCCUCUUCAGUUUCAAGCGACAAGCCUUGUAGUUAAAGAGAAUGGGAUGCCGCACUCAGGAAUGUUUGGUUCCAACGUACACUGCUAACAAUUGUUCUCAAUUUCAUCAGGUUUAUGGCUACCCACAGUACAAUGGAGCAUAUCCACCUCCCGGGGCUCAGGUCUUCUUUACUUCUAAUGGACAGACGUAUGCAAUCCCCUAUCAAUAUCCAAACCAAGGUAACUGGUAAUAUUUAUUCUCCUAUUACUUGAUUUAGUACAUUCAGAACUCUGCAGUUUGGUUUUGCAUUCAGUAUUUCCCCCACACAACUCCCUCCCCCUUGGUAGUAAGGUAUUUUUAUUACUCAACAGUAAAUGAAUAAAUGCCCUAAAAGUACCAUUUUUUGCAGUAUAUAUAUAAUGCAUUUGCCAUAUUUUUCUGUUUAUAAGACUCCACCAUGUAUAAGAUGACCCCUAUGUUUUUGAACCCUAAAUUAAGAAAUCAAUAUUCAGGAAUUUACAAAUACAGAUUUUACAAUACCGUUCUUCCAGUACAAAUCAGACUUCCCUUCCCCGCUUUUGUGGUGUCUUCUCUUACUUAAAUUUUCAACAUUGCAUUUUCUACUUUACUCCAUUUUUGAAUUAUUCUACAAUUAAUCUUAAUAGUACUUUUAACUGCUUGAUUUAAGCUAAACCUAUCAAUGCACUUAGUUGCAUACCAUAGUUUUUCAAAUAUUCCACAAAUAUUCCCCACUCCUUAAUAAUCCCCCCGCCCCCUUGGUUUCUUAACACACCCAUUAAUUUUGUCAUUUCGGCAUAAUCCAUCAAUUGAAUCAGCCACUCUUCCUUGGUUGGAACAGCAUCCUCUUUCCAUCUCUGGGCAAAAAGAAAUCAAUAUUUUAAACACCUGAGGUUGCCCAAAUUUGUUGAGCUUUUUUGGGGAGAAUUUGUCCAAAUUAGCUGCUGCUGAGGGCGACAGGCAGGCAAGACAGCAAUAGGGAGCAGCAGAAGGAACCAGAGUUAAGCAGGGCAUGAAGAUGACAGAUGCCAAGCCGAAGUGGAACGAGCAGCUGAAGCACUGGACCGUAUUUUUCCAUGUAUAGAACAACCCCCUAUUUUAGACUAAAAAAAAAAGCAAAAGCAAAAAACAUUGUCUUAUACACGGAAAAAUAUGGAACUUAUAAUUUCCCUCCCUAUCUCAGACCUAAAAUCAUAAUAUUGGUCAAGUAGAAAAAGGUUUAAAAUGAGGAUGUAACGUAAGAAAUAGUGGUAUAAUUCUCAUCUUCUGGUGGUAUUUUUCUCUCCCAAAUUUUUGAUGUGCACAUUACUAGUACCUUUAGUACAUUAGCAUGAUAUGGGAGGGUAACUUAGGCUACAAGAACUAUGUCCCAGUCCAUAACCAUACUGGAUUUGAAAUUGUUUUUAUAUAUGCAGUUAUUUUAUAUAUGUUUUAUUAUAUUGUGAGAUGCUGCAUAGGAAGGGAAUGAAAUUAAUAAUAAUUUCAAUAGGAAUGAAAUUAAUAAUAACUGCAACAUUUUGACUGCAACUCUGUGAUCACUUAACCUGGGAUUGAGUUUAGUGGGACUUACUCCUGAGUAAACAUGUAAAGGUUUGCACUGCUAAGUAUGUUUGGCUUCCAUUGCUGGUUGCUUGUAUCAGAAAUAUGCCAUAUUUAAUUGCUUGUCAGUUAUGGUCAUAAAAUAUGCCCAUGCUCAGGUUAUUGAGGGAGUUUCAGUGCCAGAUUGUAAUUAAAUCUGUGCUGGGAAACUUGUGGCUCUCUAGAUGUUUCUGGGACUUCAACUCCCAUCAGUCUCAGUCAACAUGGCCAGUAGCCAUGGCAAUGGGAACUGUAGUCCAGCAACAUCUCGAGGGCCACAGAUUCCCCAUCCCUCCAUUAAAGGUUGGAGUAUUCUUACACUGUCUCUGCUGAUGUGCAAAGAAACCUGUGUGAGAGUUCUCAACCCAUUAUUUGGUCAGCCUGUGCUACUGUGGAACUAUAGUAUAAGACUAUAGUUUGAUUAAUUAUCCUGUAUCAUAUACUUCUGUGACAUGACAGCUGCAGUUGCUUUAUGGAUUAUAUUGUGUUUGAAUGUGGUCUUAUGGUUUGAUUGGCCUGUCUUCCUGUUCUUUGGCAUGAGUGGUUUGGGCCCUCACAAUAACAGCGUAGAGAUGUGAUCCUUUAAACCACGGUGCUCCAACUUUUCAUACCAAGUGGGCCGCAAGAGGGGGAGUGAGGCCAAAGUUUGACACCACCUCAGCCAAUGUGCUGCCUUCCCAAAGCCAGGUGAACAAGGUGCCAGGCUCUGGGAAGGAGGCGCAAGGCUCUGGCAGGGUCCUAGAGGCCUCCUACCUCCUACCCAAAGCUGGGAAAGUGCUAACUAGGCUUUGGGAAAGGAGGGUGAAGGACUCUGGGACUCUGCCAAACCCUCACGCCUCCUUUCCAAAGCCUAGUGCAGUGGUGUCCAAACUUCUUUCAAAGAGGGCCAGAUUUGAUGAAGUAAAGGGCCGUGAGGGCCGACCAAAGGGCCAACCAAAGUUUUUUUUAGGACUUUUUAAAGGAUUGAAGUUGUUAAGGUUUUUUUAGGAUUUUAGCCCAGGAAAUAAACUGCCACAGGGGCCAGAUUAAACCAACCGGUGGGCCGGAUUAGGCCCCCGAAAUGGAUGUUGGACAUGCCUGGCCUAGUGCCCCGGUUACCCAGUUUUGGGAAGGCAGUGCAAGGGCUGUGGUGUGGGAGUGUCAAAUGUUGUCAAGGGCUGUCCAAAAAGGCCUUGAGGGCUACAGGUGGCCCUUGGGUCACAUGUUGGACUGCCCUGCCCAAACCACAUUAUAGAGGAUCAGCAAUGAGCCAUAUUUGUGUGUGUGUGUGUACACUCGCCUUGGGGAACAUGAUAUCUGAAUGUAGCCACUAGGUGAAAUACAGUGUUAGUCAUACUCAGAGUAGACUCAGUAAAAAUCAGUGGAUUGAAUUACUUGAGUACAACGUAGACAUCAACCACAGCUUUUAUUGGUCUUCCUUCACAUUACCUCCUCUGUGUGUUCGUUCAGGUUCCUUGGCAUUGAAAAUCAUUUACUUUUAAAGACCCAGCUAUCUAGCCCACAUUAACGGCAAGACGUUCCUUUCCCCAUUUUUAUGGAGUCCAGAAUGUGUUGGCCUCCCAGUUUUAAGGAGAUCAAUGAAAGGGAACAAGAAGUUUCAAGUUUUAUUUCUAUUUAAAUCCCACGGUCUUCUUCUUUCCAGGUCCUUAUGGCCACCCUCCUGCGAAUCAUGUCAUCAUUCGAGAGCGCUACCGGGAUAAUGAUGGGGACCUGGCGCUUGGCAUGCUUGCUGGAGCAGCAACAGGAAUGGCCCUGGGCUCAUUGUUCUGGGUGUUCUAG